AUGACCAGGUCUUCGACAGACAAAUUGUUUGAGUUAGAUCCAGAGAUCGAAAGGACUUUCAGAGCUUUAAGAAUCCAAGAGAAAAUUUCAGAGGCUUCAGAAAGUUCCUUGUCAUCUUCAGAUACCCCCAUGGUUGAUCAUAGCAGAACAAUGAAGGAGCUUGCAGCUCCUGAUGAGGCUUUUAAGUAUUCAUGCAUCACUUAUCCAACUCUAGCUGGUGAUUUUGAGUUGAGAUCAGGAUUGAUCCAUUUGCUUCCAAAAUAUCAAGGAUUAUCUGGAGAAGACCCAAACAGACAUUUGCAUGAAUUCCAUGUGGUUUGUUCAACCAUGAAGCCACAAGGAAUUUCAGAAGAGGAUAUUAAGCUAAGGGCUUUUCCAUUUUCACUUAUUGGAGCAGUGAAAGAUUGGUUGUAUUAUUUGCCACGAGGAUUCAUCACUUCUUGGAUUGAUAUGAAAAAGGCUUUCUUGGAGAAAUUCUUUCCAGCCUCAAGGACUGCAACUAUUAGGAAAAGCAUCUGUGGAAUUCAACAAGUGGUGGGAGAGACACUUUAUGAUUAUUGGGAGAGAUCAUCCAAAUUUGAACAUUAUCAGUUUCAAAAUCAGAAUUUCCAGCAAGGGCAGAAUUUCAUACAACAAGCACUUCCAGCACCUUCAAGGCUGAGUUUAACUCAAGGGAACUCUAGUAAUACCUCAAGUUCUGAUGCACAGCAAGUUAGAUUGGAGGAAUUGAUGCAACAAAUCCUUCAACAGCAACAAAGUCAGCAAAGAACAGAUUCAACAAUUCAAAAUAUAGAAAGACAGAUUGGGCAGUUAGCUUCCAUCCUUAAUCAAAUGCAAGCUCAAGGAUCAAGUCAAUUGCCUUCACAAACAACUCCUAAUCCUAAAGGGAAUGUUAGUGCUUUAACUUUGAGAAGUGGGAAAAGAGUUGCAGAAUUUUCAAUUGAAGAAACUGCUAUUGGAAAGUGUCCAGAAAUCCAGCAACAAAGUUCCAAUAGUGAAGGAAUUCAGACAGAGCAGAAUGUGCCAACUUCGGGUUUAACUCAAAGUUCCAUUGAUCCAUUGAAUAUGGAGCAUUCACAAGGAGAAGGAAGCUUAAUUCCGAAAUUUUCCAGCAAUUUUUGUCCAGCUGAACAUUUUCCAGCAGCAAUUCCAGAUUUCAGCAAACUUGGAAAUUCAGGAAAUCAAAAUUCAAUUCAGGAAGCUACCGGGCCACUUAUUCCAUUGCCUUUUCCUCAACGGAAAACCCAACCGAGGAAGGAUGUAGAAGAGGAAAGAGCUAAGGAAUUUCAAGAGCUAGUGAAUUUGUUUAGCAAGGUGGAAAUAAAUGUUCCUUUACUCACAAUGAUUAAGCAAAUUCCAAAAUACGUUAAAUUUUUGAAGGAUCUUUGUGUGCAUAAGAAGAAGUUGAAAGGGAAUGAGCUGAUUAGCAUGGGCAAAAAUGUAUCUGCACUUCUUCAACCAGUUCCUCAGAAAUGUGAAGAUCCUAGCGUGUUUACAGUCCCUUGCAUUGGACCAUUACAACCUACAGGAGUAGUCAUUCAGUUAGCUGACCGCAGUCAGACUCAUCCAGCUGGAGUUAUUGAAGAUGUAUUAGUUAAGGUGAGAGAACUCAUUUUUCCUGCAAAUUUUUAUAUCCUUGAUAUGGAGGGAGACUACCUGGCUAGUAGAUUUCCACUCAUUCUAGGACGACCAUUCUUGAAGACUGCAAGGACAAAAAUUGAUGUUCAAGCGGGCACACUUUCUAUGGAGAUAGGUGAUACAGUGGUCUAA